CAUCGGAGUCACCAAGGAAAUACGCAAGACCUCAAUGGGAGAUAAGAAGAAAUGAUUUCCCCCCACCGGGAAAUCGUGCCUGGUUCACGGAAGACCUGAAGGAGGAGAUCUUUGCACUGAGGAGAGACUACGACAAGAUUUGCAAGGUGAACGAGCUACUGCCGAUGAAGAUUGAUGACUUGACAAAGGUGAUACAAGAGCUGAAGAAGACGAGAAGUGACGAAGGCGAGAACAAGGAGAAUGAGAAGAAAACGAUCGAGAAAGGACACGCAAAAGAUGAUGGACGGUUAUCACCAGCACAAGUACAAAAGAUGAUCGACAAAGCUCUUGAGACAGUGACUCCAAAAGCAGCAGGAGCAGGGACCAGUCAACAAACACAGAUCGUCAACACUACGAAUGGAGUUGCACAAGAAACAAACCAAGAAAGGAUGGAGAAGCUAGUUUCGGACGUGCAGAAGGAGAUGGACGAGAUGAAACUGAUGAAGUAUGAAGUGGCGGCAGUAAAAGGAGCAAUACACAGGAUCAACGAACCAACGAGAACGUGUACUCCUCACGUUUCAUCAACAGUGCAGCAAACAAGGUUGCGUGGAAUGGAUAUGGUCGCAUCGGGAUCAGCUGGUGGAGCGCUGCAUACGACAUCCAUGGGAAACCCAAGUGGAUAUCCGGGAUUGGACGCGAUCGGGAUCCCAGCAGCAAGACAAACCAGUUACAGUGCACCAAGCCGACCAUUUCCUCCACCACCAAAGAAGAGGAGGACUUAGGUAAGGAGGAUCAGCAAGUACAGGAGAAGGAUGAAGCGGGACGGGAAUUUCGGGAUCAUUCCAAUGACGUACACACUUGUCAGAGCGCACUACACGAAUCUAAAGGAUCUGUGCAAGAUACACAACAUCAAGUGCAAGGACAAACCGCAAGCCAUAAAAGCACUACGAAGAGUCCCAGGACUGGUCGAGUAUCAAGGACGUGAUUUCGUCCAUGACUCAGACAAGGAGACGCAGAUUGAACCGGAAAAUGAACGCAUGGACAUAUC